AUGUCAAGUUUUUAUGAAGUAACUGAUGGGAACUACUUGAAACUGUUAGACUUGGACAAUGCUGCUGAUGAGGAAUUGUAUCGGAUGGCAAAGGAAAUGCCACUGUCUCCUACACUUCCCGAGAUUGAGUUUCGUGGUGUUGAAAGAUCCAAUGUGGAGAUAAAUUCGAAUAACUUGUAUUUUGAUGAUUCUGAAAUUUUCAAUAAUUCAGUAGGGCAUAAGAAUGGAGACACCGUUGAUUCUUUUACCAUAAUAGGGAAGACUGGGAAUGGUAAUUCUAUUGCAAUGAGAACAGAUUGUGGUGUCCAGGACUCUGGUGCUGAAGUGAUGUCUAAUGCUCCUAAUUUUAGAAAUGAGGAGGCUAUGGUCCCAUUUGGAAGUGAACUUGGUGCUCUUUUGGCUACUCAUACAGAUUGGAUGGUUCGAGAAAUUCUGCUUGCUCUCAAGACUGAAGAAAUCUCUUUUCCCAAGGAAAAAGUAUGUGUUUUCUUCUCAGUGUUGCUGCUUAACUUCUCCACUGCUGCUUUGAGUAAAUUUGGGAGCUUGAAGUGGACGUCCAACCUCUGUUUGGAGGCUUUUGCCCGACACGUGGGCUCAGUGAUGUCUGAUGGGGAUGGAAGAAGCAUAUUUUGCAGAACUUGGUUGUUUGGACGAAUCACUUAG